CUCGCAUGCCGUUCUUUCCAACCCCUCCCCACCCCCGGGGAUGAUGUGACGACGUGAACGUGCGCGUAAGCGUUUUCUAAAGCACACUUACCGAGAGCGACAGGGAAGGGGAACGAACGAACGGAAACGAACGGGAGCGAAGGGGAAAGAAGAGUGGGGUGGGGGGAAGGAGAGUAAAGCAUCGGACAGGGAGGAUAGGUACCGAUCGCGGCACCUGAUGGUCACGGGUAACAGUCGCCGGUGGGAGCCUGUUCUGUGUACUGGACUUCGUGUACUGGAGUUCGUGGACGGGGCAUGGAAGGCAGAUUUGGGCUUGGAAUCCAUGGGACGAGGAUGACCCAUUCGGCAGGGAAAUGUGGCCGCAGAGGUCGUGCGUAGCCGAGUGAGCGAUCCUUCAGCAAUUCGUGUGCCGAGUGGAAGGCUUUUCGUCUGAGAAGAGAAGGCUGGCGCCAUGAUGGGAAUGCAAAGCCCGUCGCUGGCUCGAUGUGAAAUUCACUCGGGAGCGAAUGUCUGCUCCAGCAAUUCUACUCUGUCGCAGCUGAACGAAUUAUCUCAUAAAUUUAUUCAUACAGUGAACAAUUGUGCAUUUCCCGUGGGCACAGUGCCUCGUCUUAAAGAUAGGAUAUGGAGCCGGAGAAGUAAAGCGGAGGACGUGUUGGGAAUUCUCUCGAAGCAUUCACCUUCAUGCUCAUUUCAUCAGGCCGAACAAACACAAGGCAGACUGUUACAUUCUAGGCGGCAAAUACAAGAAGUCAGUACGUUUGCAAAUUUUCUCAAUCGCCACGGGAAAUCGAACUAUUGUCAAUUGCACAGUGCAUCAUCAUACUCCUUUUUUGUUCAAUCAAGCACAAGAAUAGGCACACAGCAGCCGUUGUCAGCUAGCAGCCUUCCGAGAUCUGUAGAGGACGAAGUGUGGGAAGGGAGGAGUAAGGAUGAGGACGAUUCGGAGUCAGACACUGAUGAUCAACCUGGAUCAAUUGCAGACUUAAACGGCAUCUCCUCGCAAUAUGUAACCUCUCAGGAAGCAAGCGAUGUAGAUGAUGAGCAGGCAUGGCCAGCUGAUGACGAGAUAUCCUUCUUCUCAGAUGUCCAAAACCAGCCUUCCAAGAGAAAGAAGAGAGGAUCUCUGGGAGUAAGGAAACCGCUGCCAGAAGCAGAAAAGGCCGAUUUUGCAACCAGGUUUGGGCUUACUGCGCAUCACUCUCAAUCAUCCCAGAUCGAGGAAGCUAGUGACUUCGAGUACUACGUACCGAAAGUCGGAGAUGAAGUUAUGGGGGUGAUCGUUUCUGGGAACGAUUACAAGCUCGACGUGGAUGUCGGUGCUCAACAACUUGGACGCAUGCUCACGAAGGAUGUUUACCCUGUGGACCUAUUCCGGUCAGAUGAACUCUUCUGGGAGAUGAAUGCUGUAGAGGGAGGUGCAACGCAGGAUUUCCCUGUAGGCCGAUUCCGACUCGUGCGUGAUGAAGAAGUUUUUUGUCUUCCGGCAGCCAGGGCUCCAAUCGUCGAAGUUGGCACAGUUUUAAGGUUGAAAGUGCAGGGUGUAACUCUGAGCGGGAGGCCUAUACUUUCCUCGAGAAAGGUUUCGAUUCCUGUAGCCUGGGAACGUGUUCGACAGAUUAAAAAACAGAACGAGCCCUUUGAGGUGCAAAUACUCGAAUGGAAUUCUGGUGGAGUUCUUACGAAAAUUGAGGGACUACGAGCUUUUCUACCCCUCAACCAGUUUCUAAAGAGGUCAAUGGGGACUGGUGCGCUCAAGUCUCGGGUCGGAGAACGUGUGCAGGUCCUAAUUACAGAAGUUGAUGAAGAAAGUGGGAAGUUGAUAAUCAGCGAGAAGCGAGCAUGGGGAUGGAAAAACCUUGGCCCAGGUUCGUUACACGAUGGGAUAGUAAACAAAAUCUUCCCUUUUGGAGUGGAAGUGAGCUUGACUGGUACAUCAUUACGCGGUAUGGUACAUAUAUCGAAUGUGUCCCGCUCCAGGGUGAAGGAUUUAGAAGAAAUAUUUUCAGUAAACGAGGAAGUUAAAGUGAUGGUGGUGAAGUCCCCCAUCCCACACAGGAUCGCUUUAAGCACAGCUGAUUUAGAGAGCAGCAAAGGUCUUAUUCUUGAAGACAAGCAGAGAGUUUUCAGUGAAGCGGCUGAAAUGGCAUCACGAUAUCGUAGUAGCUUAACCGAGGUUGAUCAGGAGGAGGACAAUAUUAGCGAAGUAGAGAUGAUUGAGAAUGAGAUAGCAAAUCGUGAUUGGCUUCAUUUCGGAGAGGAGACAGAUUCUGGGGAGUUGGGUCAACCUAACAACGAGCAGUAGGACCAUUUGACCACAAGUGCCCCUUAUCGAAGUCAAUUAUCAAGUUUUGCCGUAUUUAUGUUUCUGCAUGGGAAGUAUUCACAGCACAAAUGCACUCACUCGACACUGAGCAUGAAGCUCAUAUAUGUACUAAGAAGGAUGAUGUCGUGCUGAAAUCACCAAUUCUUACCACACACUCGCCAUUCAAAUCAGGGUGCUGGUGGAGUCCGUGUAUUGGUCUACAUGCGUUGACAAUGCUCGUUGGACACCAACAUAGCGCACAGCGUAAUGCGGUGACGAGCAUAACGAAUGAAUUCCGUUGACUAGAGCAACGAGAGCGCUUCAGCAGCCAAUUACCGGGAAACCGGCUUAACCCAUGUGCAGUCGAUUUUAGGCUUUGAAAUUAUCAUAAUCUCCACUCACCUCAAAGUUUCCAGCGGUUCCUUCCACCUCAUCGCCAGAUAAUGCUUUGUGUCACAGUGUAUGUGGAGACUAUAUGUGUGAGUUCCAUGAUUCUCAAAUGGUCGGUACUUCUGAGAUCGCCAUCCAUAUGCGGGGAGAUCGUCUAUCCUUAUAGCCCAGGAUAAAGGGGCCAAGUCGAGAAGCAGAACACUUCCAAUCCCUCACCAGAGUCACCGAUGUGAAUAUUGUAUUUCAAAGUUGUCUGGAAAACUGCACAUUUGCAACCAAGUGGAUGUUCUUGAUAAUGGAUGGCCUCAUACCACGCGUGGUC